AAGAUGUUUAUCUAUUCAUAAAUAACAAAAAUAAGCACUUUGGGCUGUGAGAGACAUUGGAGCUGGAAGAGGUUGAUACUUUUACAGCUCCUCAUGGUGAGAUUUGAUAAAGAAAGCCAAGCCAAGCCAAGCUGCAACAAAGAAAGAAAGCGUGGAAGAAAAGCCCACUCAAAAUGGAAUAACGAAAGAACGCAACAAAAGGAGACGGCGUUCUGUCAGGUAAUGCCCCCCUCCCUGUAAAUGGCAUCAGUACAUUGGUCGGUUCUGAGCAAGGGACAGACAACCUCUCUCUGCCCUCCUUCCCGCCUGCGCCUGUGAUAUUAUUAGUAUUAUUAUUAUACGAUAAAUAUAUUACAUAUACCAUAGCCACAAGCUCUGCUCUCAACCAUUUCUUGUUUCCAUGGAGGAGGAAUCCCCAAGUACUAGCCGGCCCAAGGAGGAUUCUGAAACCCCAGGAGCAGUAAUGCCGAGUCCAUCAAGGCUCCAAUUUGAAUCCUCAGAUCCUCAUCCUGAUUUCGUGGAGCUCGAUCCCACUGGCAGAUAUGGCAGAUAUAAUGAGAUUCUGGGGAAAGGAGCGUCCAAGACAGUUUACAAGGCGUUUGAUGAGUAUCAAGGAAUAGAAGUGGCGUGGAAUCAGGUAAAGCUGCUGGACUCUGUGCAGAGCCCAGGGGAAUUAGAGCGGCUCUACUGUGAAAUCCACCUGCUCAAGUCACUGAAACAUGAAAACAUCAUGAAGUUCUACUGUUCUUGGGUAGAUGUCCCCAGCAGGAACAUUAAUUUCGUCACCGAGAUGUUCACCUCCGGCACUCUUAGACAGUAUAGGCUAAAACACAGGAAGGUGAAUAUUAGAGCUGUGAAGCAUUGGUGUAGGCAAAUUUUGAAAGGGCUUCUUUAUCUCCACAGCCAUGACCCUCCAAUUAUCCACAGAGAUCUCAAAUGUGAUAACAUAUUCAUUAAUGGCAAUCAAGGAGAGGUUAAGAUUGGUGAUCUUGGCCUAGCUGCAAUCCUCAGGAAAUCCUAUGCGGCACCUUGUGUUGGAACUCCGGAGUUCAUGGCUCCAGAGGUUUAUGAAGAGGAAUACAAUGAACUAGUGGACAUAUAUUCAUUUGGGAUGUGUGUGUUGGAGAUGGUUACAUUUGAGUAUCCAUACAGUGAAUGCACCCACGCUGCUCAGAUUUACAAGAGAGUUGCGGCGGGUAAAAAGCCAGAUGCUUUAUACAAACUGGAAGAUUUAGAGCUGAGACAGUUUGUUGAGAAAUGUCUGGCCACUGUUUCCAGUAGACUCUCUGCUAGAGAGCUUUUGAUGGACCCUUUCCUCCAGAUUGAUGAUUACGGGAGCUUCAAUGGUGGAAGCCCUUUAGUUGGACGGCCUUUAUCAUUUGAUCAUACUGGCCAUUACCUUGGUUAUGAUCUUGAGUACCCUCCUCCUGUUGAUUGCGACAGUGAGAUUGAUCUGUAUGUUUGUGAAGAGGACAAGCAUUUCACAGAUGUUGAGAUUGCAAUUCAUGGUAGGAAUGGAGAUGAUGAUGGCAUCUUUUUGAGGCUCAGAGUUUCAGACGUAGAAGGCCGCAUUAGGAACAUCUAUUUCCCGUUCGAUGUUGAGAAUGACACUGCCAUGAGUGUCGUUAGUGAAAUGGUUUCCGAGCUUGCCAUUUCUGAUAAAGAUGCAAUCAAGAUAGCUGACAUGAUUGAUGAUGAGAUUGCCUCCUUGGUCCCACAAUGGAAGAAGGAUUCGGUGAUAGAUAUGGCAACUGCUGUAGAUGGUUGUUCAAACGAUAAAGAGCAGGUGGAUCGUUUGUCAACCGAUGGUUUAGAUGCCAAGAAUGUGGCUCCUUGUCAUCGCAGGGGUGCAUCGACCAACGGUCAGUUCGAGGAAGUGACAUAUCAAGUAGAAGGAUCAGAGACAGAUGGACAACAAAAGGCAACUAGUCAUGGAGAUGAUGAUGAAGAAGAAGCACUUUGCAAUGCAAGAAACUCUGUCUCUUCCACCAACCCUUCGAUGUCGAAUGCAUAUUGGGAGGACUACGAGAACGAGAUCAAGCAAGAGCUGAGGUGGCUUAAGGCGAAGUUUGAGAUGCAGUUGAGGGAAGUUAGAGACAAGCAGCUAGGACUCCAUCCUGGAACCCCUCUACAGUCUACUACCUCGGAAGGCAAUGAAGAUGGUGGAGGAGUUGUUUCUUCUUCACUGAUUUUACCUAGGCUGACAAGAGAAAACGGGAAUCAGUCCAUUCCAAUCCAUAAGGAGAAUGGAGGAGUUCCAUCAGCGAAUUUUCGAGCAGGUAGAAGCCGGAGGGAGCUGAGUAGGUCUGGUAGCUUCAAGAGAUUGGAGAGGACGAGUACAACUCUAUACAGAGCAAAAUUGCUUCCAAAAUCCCUGCAUAGAGCAGCUUCCCUUCCGGUAGAUGCUGUAGAAGUUUAACACUUACAUACCUUUUUUUGCUGUAAAUUGUGAGUCUGUAUGAUGAAGCGGGAAAGGAUGUUUAACGCACAAACAAAGUGUGCUUACCAAUGUACAUUUUUUUGCCACACCAAUCACACAUCAGAAAGAAUUAAACUCCAGGUUUUAG